CCUUGGGCUAAGUUUAAAAGUAAUACGUGUGAAAACGCAGAGGCUUAUUGUAAUUGUUUACUUUAAUGCUCCAAUAUUAUGAGUCUGGAUUUUUUUUAGUGAUUACCUUUUUAGCUCAGUGAUAGAUUUAAGUUACGAACACGAGACUGAGGUUUUAAAGAAACUUAAUCAUUCUCAUUGGUUGCACAGUGUAUUACCACUCUUUUGAAGUUGAUACAUAUACCUGCAGAGUAGGAAGUGUAGGCUAUGUGUUUAUAAGUGUGUAGUACUUGACUUGACGACAAGUACUGGAAUUACUAAACCCUGUUUUGUAAAGGUGUUUGGAAGCACGAGCACAAUUUGGCCAAACACAAAGUGACUGAUUUGGAAGGCGACGGAGGCAUUCUGUUCAAAGAUAUGGAAGAAGCCUUGCCGAAUCAUCAAAAAAUUCUUGAGAUGCCAGAUCCUGACGUUGGACGUACGGACGUUGAUGUUGAUGAUACACAUGCAACCGAAUCCAGCGAUGAUGAUACUAUCUCAGUUCUUAGUGAAGCCGAACGCUGUAAAAAUUCCGUCGUCACCCCUGAUGGACCUCCUAAAAAGCGUUUAAAAGGCCCUGAGCCGCCUACGCUGGUCUUCCAAUCGCCGGAAACCGUACCAUCACCACCACAACAACAACAACCCCAGCCAGUAUUUAGCCCGAGCAAACGCCUUGCAUCCCCUGUAUCUGAACCCAUACUGCCUGAUUAUGAGGAGCCCACUACGUUUUCUCCAAUCUAUGACAAUGUCGCCCAAAAACCUUCUUCGCCUCCGCCCAGCGUCACGGUCACUGUAACUAGUCCAGUCGUCCAGGUCUGCCCGGACGCGAAGCCUUCAGCGACGCUACAGCAGACUGAACAAUUGAGCAUCAACUUUGACGGCUGCGAAUCCUCGACGGACGAUUCACUUCCCUACGAAACCCAAUCCAACCCACCUGUUGAGCGUUUCGUGAGCGUCGUGAGCGUCGUCAACGUCACAGAGGACAAAGCAGAAACCGACGAGGAGAGUCAAAUGAUUGGCCAGAAACUUGACGAAUCCGAAGUGCUCAUCCUCAACACUUCCAGCGUCGUGUCCAAUGGCGUCCCACUUGAAAUCGAGUCGAAGAAUGACGACAACAACGAAACCCCCCAAACAGUCAAGCCGGACGAACCGGAACAGCAAAGCAACGAAGCAGCGGACGAGCAAGACGGCCGGCAAAACAAUAACAACGCCGUAUUGGAAUUCCGUAGCGAUGUUUCUUGUAAUUUGUCUCAGGUAUCCAGCCUUUCACGAUCCAGCUCUGGCAGCGACCGUAGCAGUUUGUCAGAAAGUCGAGAAGACACUUCCGUAAUUCACAAUUCUAUCACUGUCGAAGGCACCACACAAGAAGCAACAGAUGAUGUCUCUUUUUCCCUGUCGGAUGUCGUGUCGUCGCCUGAAAUUGUUUCGACAUUGCCGCCCAAGGAACGAUCGCGAUCACCAAGUCCCCACAUUGAGAAAACUGAUCCAGUCAAAGAAGUCGAAGAGGAAGAAGAAGACGACGAGUCGAUUCUGAGUCCCAACAGGAAGGUGAAGGGCGACGCGUCGGGUGAUUCCGGAACCGGAACGGGAGAAACCAAUAUCCCCAGCACACCUUAUUCAGCCUUCCUCGAACGGACUCUUGAUUUUUCCGAUAUCGAAAGCACAUCUGGGACUGGAACGAUGGGAAGCCGGUGUAGCCGCAUUAGCGAUUCCGUCAUUGACGUUGAACUGGUCGAAGUAGUUACGCACUCCAUGCCGUCCUCUGGUCGUAGUUUGAGCACAGUCAGCAUCGGCACGACGAUUAAUUCCUCAACAGUUCCAGUGUCGUUUAUCCCGUCAGUAUUCGGUCAGCAUUACGGUUCUUCCUUUGCCUGUUCGGCUUCCUCUUCCACAGUGGUUGUCUACCGUAGUCCUUGCACUCUUCGGACCUACCCGAAAAGAAAUCUGAUUCUCAAGAAACGCUAUGAAGUACUUAUCACAAAUAUGCCCGACGGACCGUUCCUCUUUUACUUGCAGUUGAAGAAAGAAAAUCAGAACCACUUGAAACUACGCAAACUUAUCAACUCCGUAGCUCUUACUUCCUUUGUCGGGGAACCAAAGCCAGGAAUGGUUUGCCUGGCACUCUUUCCCCACGAUAAUCUAAUUUAUCGAGGAACCAUAAUGGCCAUUAGCCAUUUUGGGGGAAAUUGUGUCUGUAUCGUCAAUUUUGUGGACAUCGGCAUCGAGGCGCCCGUUGAACUCGAUUUGAUUUAUGAAAUUCCACAAAUGAUGCUGAAACUGCAUGUGCUUGCUUAUCGUGCCUCUUUGUUCGGCAUUGAAGAUGCUGCCAAGAACCUCGUGGGGUUGAAUGACGCAUUUAUCUCUUUAGUAAAGUCAUCCCCAAAUCUUGUUGCCGAAGUUGAAGAAGUUGGACCCACUGGAAUCCCAAACAUUUUUCUUCAUGAUAAAAAUGGCCGCAGUAUUCUCGACAGUCUUAACUCUCAAUUUAACAACAAAAUUUCAUUGCCCCACGUUCGCCAUGCUACUAACCCAGUGAGAGUCUCCCAGAUCGACCAUGCAAAGAUAUCUGGUGAAGAAUGUCUCUUCGUCGUCUCAGCUGAGGAAGAAGGAUUUUUUUUCGGUCACUUGGAAGAAUCGGAAGACUCCUGGUUCGGUGACGUCAUAGGUGAGCUUAAACUUGUUUAUUCGUCCAUCAGAAACCCGCCCUUGAUGCAUUUGUCAUUUAAUAAAUGCCUAAAUCUUUAUGGGGUUGCCAAAUAUGCUAACAGCUUCUUUAGAGUUCAGGUUGUUAAAGAAAUUGGGUUGAGAUUCGUUGUUCUUCUGGUUGACUAUGGUACUCAAGUCACAGUAAAUUGUUCCGAUAUUUUUGCGCCAGUUGCCGGCUUGAUCCAUUUCAAAAGACCAUCAUUCGGCAUUCGUUGCCGAUUAAAGGGAGUGUAUCUGGCUAAUAAGGAAAAAUGGAAGAAUGUAAUGAUGUUCAAAACAAUCAAGGUGGGUACUGGUGAACUAUGGAAAGGGGCCUUAUGUGUGGAAUUGUCGGACCAUUUUUUGAAUUCUGAAGUUAAAAGACAGCUAUUUGCCAUUCCUUAUGUUUUGGAUGAGAGUGAAGACGAAUCAAUUUAUUUUUAAGAAUGUUCGAAAUUUUUCAUUCUCAUUGUUUGUCUCAUUUUUGUAUGUUCAUUUUCUCCCAACAUCGGUUAGUUAACUGUUAACCCCCAUUUCUUUUAGUCGUUGUUUCGUUGAUCUUUAAGACACGACGAGUGUACCUAAAAAUUUUAUGGCUUGACAACCAACUUCCGGUAACUUCCUGUGUUGUAAGCUUGUUACUUGUAAUUGAGUUCCAUGUAUUUUUCCAUGUAUGUUUCGAAAGUGUGGACUACAAAACUGAAAUUAUCUUAAGGGAGCUUAAUAAAUUAACACUGCUUCUAG